AUGAAAAGAAGGAGUUUUACCAAUGAAUUCAGUUUCAGAGGAGUUACACUAACUUGGUCGGUUUCAGUUCUUCUCUCACUAUCUCAUCUCAUAACAAGCUUUAAACUAACAAACCUCCCAUGUGAAAGAUAUCUUGUAGUAUUUAAUGCAACAUGUGCAGCAACACUCUUGUUAUUUGGGUCCCUGGUUAGUGUAGCCGUUUCACUGAGGAUUCCAGCAACCAGCCAAAUUUUACAAAAAGUUGGGUUUGAACACAUAAAACAAAAUCACAUCGUGGACCUCUUGUGCGUCUUUGGAGUCAUCUCAUUCGCAUCAUUAGCGUCAUUUAAGCCUCUGGAAGGAUUUUUUAAGGCUAUUUCAGCCAGUAGAUGCAAAGAUUUAAAGUCAUUUUACUAUUACUCAACAGUGGCUUUGAACUGUCUUGACCUGUAA